AUGGUUGUUAAGGAAAGCAAUUAUGGACAAUUGGCAUUUGUUGCGGAAAAGCAUUGUGGAUACUUGGUAUUUGUUGUAGAGGCAGACAGAGAUCCACAAACUAGAGAUCACCAGAAAAAAUCACCAUCAGUAAGAGAACCUAGACCCAUUUAUGAAGUAAGAGAAGACUGGUUGAAUCUGUCUAUAUCAUAUGGCAGUGUUUUUAAAGCAAUAUAUAAAGAAACUGGUCAGGUUGUUGCCAUUAAACAAGUGCCUGUUGAGUCAGACCUCCAGGAGAUCAUUAAAGAAAUUUCCAUCAUGCAGCAGUGUGAUUGUCCGCAUGUUGUGAAGUAUUAUGGCAGCUAUUUUAAGAAUACAGAUCUCUGGAUAGUUAUGGAAUAUUGUGGUGCUGGAUCGGUGUCUGAUCUUAUUCGAUUAAGGAAUAAAACUUUAACUGAAGAUGAGAUAGGAACAAUAUUGCAUUCGACUCUCAAAGGAUUAGAAUAUCUGCACUUCAUGAGAAAAAUCCAUCGUGACAUCAAGGCGGGCAAUAUAUUAUUGAACACAGAAGGACUUGCUAAGCUUGCAGAUUUCGGUGUUGCUGGGCAGCUUACAGAUACAAUGGCAAAGAGGAACACUGUGAUUGGUACUCCAUUUUGGAUGGCUCCUGAAGUAAUUCAGGAGAUAGGCUACAACUGUGUUGCAGAUAUCUGGUCACUUGGGAUAACGGCAAUAGAAAUGGCAGAAGGAAAGCCACCCUAUGCUGAUAUUCAUCCAAUGAGGGUACAUCCAUUUGUUAAAACUGCUAAGCCAGUGUCGAUAUUACGUGAUUUAAUUAAUGAAGCGAUGGACAUAAAAGUUAAACGACAAGAAGCCCAACAGCGUGAAAUGGAUCAAGAUGAUGAGGAGAAUUCUGAAGAGGAUGAAACUGACACAGGUACAAUGGUUCGGACCACUGGAAGUGAUUCGAGCACAAUACGAGCUGCUAGCACGAUUAGUGAAGGAUCUCGUACAAUGAUUGAACAUGAAUCCACAUUAGAGUCGCAGAUGGGUACUAUGGUAAUAAAUAAUGAGGACGAAGAGGAGGAAGAGGGAGAAGGCACCAUGAAAAGGAGAGAAGAAACUGUGCAACCAACAAAACCUUCCUUCCUUGAAUAUUUUGAACAAAAGGAAAAAGAAAAUCAAGUAAACAGUCACAGUGGUAAAAAAGGCAGUUCUCAGAAUUCAUGCGAUUGGAAAGUACCGCAAGAUGGAGACUUUGAAUUAAUGAAGACCUGGGAUGUGGAAGAACUUAAGAAGAGACUAGCUGCACUUGAUCCCAUGAUGGAGCAAGAAAUUGAAGAAAUCCGGCAGCGUUAUCAAUCCAAACGUCAGCCAAUUCUGGAUGCAAUUGAAACCAAGAAACGUCGACAGCAGAACUUCUAAAGAUCUUAACAAAGUCAAGCUACAUAAAAUACAGUGCUGGCCUUUUAAGUGUGGAUUUUUUUUUUUUUUUACACAGUGGCAAAUAUCAGGAACACAGACUUGCACAUUGCUUUUCAGCUGUGCUUGUAUUUCUUCUUGACUCAGGAAUGUUAACCAUGUCAGUAAGUUACAGGAGUGACUGCAUUUUAAAAUCUGUUGACAAAACAGAUUGUUUUAAAGGGACAGAUACUUUUUUAUUGUUAAUACACUGUAGCAGUCAUUUUACAGUGCUGCCAAGCAAAGCUGCCUUUCAUGGUCUGAGUGGCUCAUUUGGUGGCAGGAGGCAGAUCCUAUUUGCCUUGCUUUUAUGUGUGUAAUUUGUGUCAUUGUUUCUAUUAUGCUUUUUGAGUCAAUGGUUGAUGCUUUUCACCACUAAAUACGACAUCUACAAAAAGCUCAAGCAGUAAGCAUAACUGUUUUCAGAUGAGUAGCAACAACAGUGUAAAUAUUCGCCUCUAGAGAAGUUCAGUUUCUUGUUGCUUGAACACUGAACGAAAGCGUCAGCAUUUUCUCUUGUAUGCAAGUCUAGCACAAGUUUAGAUGUCUGUAAACCUUAGCAUUCUUGUUGCCUUAUUGGGGGGGGUUCAAGUACUUUUGUUUUCAGACACCAGCAUUUAUGAAAAUUUUAAAAGGUUGCAGUAGAUAAGUGUGGGAAUUAUACAUAAUUUAUCAGUUUGAGUAAACCGUUACAAAGAUAUAUUCUGCUACAUUUUAAAUGAGCAGUGUUUCAGUGGAGCUUCAGAAUUUUUGAAUUGUGAUUCCUUUGUAUCGCAUUAGAUUUCCAGAAAAGAUGUUCUGUACUUGACUGUUGUGUUUUUUUUUUCUAAGUGAAAUCGUGAAAGACAGAAUGAUUAGGGCGGAUUUAUACUUUAAAGUGAAAUCGAGUUUUGGACCACAGCUGCUUUUGUGGAUCAAAGAGCAAUUUUCCAAGCUGUACAUGUUGUAGUUAUAAGUGCAUUAUCUGCUGCAACUUAGCUGUGCAGAUGUGAAGGUCACCCAGACUGCAUCACCUGCAGGCAUAUGAAUGCUGUAGAAUGAGUUCUGUGGCACUGGACCCCCACGAAUGCUUUAGCUGCCUGUAAUCUGUGGUACCAUGAAAGACAAUUUGCUUACAUUCCGUCCACAAGAUGUUUGUGCUGUUUAGUGAAUCCAAACUUUGGCCUCCUUUUGAUAUAGGAGUCUUGAUUAGUAGAAAAAAAACAGCCAAGAUAAAAGAUUAAGACACAAACUUUGGGAUAGUUGUUAAAAUCCAGCAUGCUACUAUUCUAAAGCAGGUGAGAAAUCACUGAAAAUAAAAUCUAACAAGAUUGCACAGAAAAAAAUAUCUGGAACAAAAUGUUAAAAUUCCAAAAUGUGCCCUGUACGGCAUUGUUCUGCUUUGUUGUAUUUAUGGAUACAGCAUCUGUGGAGUGUUGAAUCUUUGUCUCUGUUGUGCUGUUUCCAGAUUUACAACAUGCAAUCCUGUUUUCUUUUUUCUUAUCACAGUAAUUUAGAUUUCAUGAAAGGGACUAGAGAGGGUAGUAGGCCAUAGUGAUCUAGAAACUAUUGGAAUGCAUUGCAUGCAAAGGUGCCCACAGGGCAUUGCACAUGUAUAUAUCUGGUGAUGACUUAAGAUUUUGCCCUUUAACUUUCAGUUAUGUUUUCUAAAAUGAGCUCUAUACGUUUUAGUUUUCCAUUUUUAGAAACUGGGAAUGAUUACAGACAUCUUCAUUUGGGGAGUUCUUUAACCAUAUUUUUUAAAUUCAUGGAAGCACAAGAAACUUAACAUGUUCAGACUUUUAGCACUCUUUAUAGAACAGGAAAUGUGUGCAUGCACGUGUGUGUGUGAUAUAUAUUUUUAUCUGUGUGUGUGUGAGAUAAAUAUAUAUUAUCUGUAUAUAUUGAUACAGAAAUGUUUUAUAGUUUGAAUAUAAAGGUACGAAGUUUUAGCUGUAAAUGUCUUGGGGAAAUGCCAUGUCCUUUCCUGUUUUUACAUUUAGUAGAUAAUUUGCAUUUAAGAAUCAGAAUGGUAGGAGUACAAGAAACUGCUAAACAACUUUUCUUUUCAAAGCACAAAUUUAAGGUCAGUACUGAUUUAUAUGUAAAAUAACUUUUCACAUUUAAUGCUACAGCAUUUUUUUCUAGUUCUUGUACUGAUGCAGUGGUAUAUGGUAACAGAACUGUGAAACAUUCAGUCAAAAUUUUCUUUAUCAGAAGAGCCAGUGUAUACAUUUUUGAGUAUUUAAGUUAAAGAAGUUCAUAUAAAAAUAAAAUGCAAAUACAUUGAUCCUUCAGCAUUCUUUCUUCAUACAAGAAUUAGUAGAAAAUGAACUGUCCUGUAACUUGCAAAUUUGUAAAAAGUUAAAUCAAAAGCUGAUUAAAUCUUUCAGGCCCAUAUGUCAAGUCUGGUAACACUGCAGAAAUCUAAAUUAAUGGAAGAUAAAUCUACAGGGUCAAUGCAUUUGUGUUAUGAAUUCAUUUGGUGCUGUCUUAAUUGUAUUUUCAGUGAAUAGACUGGUUUACAUUUUCUGGAUCUGAUUUUUUUUUUUUUUUUUUUACAUUUGUAUUUCUUUGUUGUUCUUGUUCUGAAUUUCUUUCCUGUAUUCGAUCUUUGCUUUUAGUCUUUUACUCCUUUAUCACAUCUAACCAUCAUGUACUUUAAAUGUCUCUCUGUCUAUGGUAUGGCAGAGGGAUCAUUGGGUACUUUUGUCUCUAGGGAGGAGGAUGCACUACAGCAGCUAAAGGAAGCAGGUUGAGAUAUCACAUGACCUUGGCUUCUGUGCAUGUUGUUGCCUUGCUUUUCUGUUACCUUCAAACUCUUUAAGAAAUAUGCUGCUGUGGUGAUGGAAGUAGACAGUUCAUGUUGGCCUGCUUGUGGCUGGUGAGAGACAUUGGUCUAUUCAUGCAGAAAACUGUAGUUUAAUAGUUUGUAGUUACAGGUAAUAAUCCACACUGUAGAUAUCCAAUCUGCUUCUUUUGGUUGACAUUGUAGAUGUCUAGUAAUAGGUCACGUAGGGGGUGUAAAAGGUUAAACUGCAGCCAAGUUUACAGGCAUUAAUGAUGUGUGUCAAAUUUACCUUAUACUGAAUGUUAUAUGCGGAGGUUUACUGAAAAGUAUUUAGUCAGCAUUUGCAUAAUAAACGCCAUUUUCUAAACUGUUACACAAACAAGGGAAUAGCAUGUAUCUGCAGUUUAAUAUAUGACCAUGCAUACUGUAUGUAUGCAAAUAAUGAACAUGUAGACUGAUCGGUCAUUGGCUUUUACCUCAUGUGUUCCCUUUUUUUUUGGGGGGGGGGGCGGGAAUGGGUAUUAAGAUAUACUGAUGUAGAAUCACAAGCAUCGACAUAGCCUUUCCUGUUUAAUAUUGGGGAAAGCUGAGAAGGUUGCGAAGUCCUUCUCCCACACCAGGUGCUUGGAUUCUUGCACUAGUCCUGACAUAGUGCAACAUUAAGUGCAUGUUAAAGAUCACAUGGCACUUACUUAAAAAAAAAAAAAAAGAGAGAGAGAAGGAGAAAAUUUCCCUAGUGACCUGGCCACACUUUACCAUAUGCAGAGGUACAUCAUCUGGUCUCCACUGAAAACAGGCAACAGACAUAGUGGAACUGACCUAUUUAUUAAAACCAAGUAAAUAAAUGGAUUACAUAUCAAAGCUGUAUUUUUUCUUGUUUAUAUGAAAAAAAAUAUAUUUUCAGUAUGACCCCAGUUUAUAGCCUGCCUUCAAAAAAAAAAAAACCUUUCAUAGUUGUAAACUUUCAUAGUUGUGUACAUGUGAGUAUGAACACUUACACGUGUAUACAUACAAUUGCAUGUUUGAAAAAAAAAUAGUAAGACUUCUUUUAAUUGUACAUUCAGCUAUGCACAUGGUUACACUUCAGUUCAUAGAAAGGUAAUAGUUUGAAACAGUGGGAAAGAGACUGAAUGGCUGAAAAAGUGGGUUUAUGUUAAGUCCAAGAUUGUCAUUUUUAAAAUAUUCACUUUUCUCCAAGGUAUGGCAAUCUCAGAGUUAGCAUAUCCAAGUUUAGUGGGUAUGGGGGUCUUGCUACCCCCAGCAAAAAUGAAGUUUAAAAAAAGAGUGAUAUUCAGGAUUCACUCCUCAUGCAUUUCUGAUGUUUUUUUUUUCAUGGAGUUGGCACUUGACAUUUUAAAUGUCGACAUUUCAGUAGGGAGCCACAAAGGAAGCUGACAUUUCUGUGUGAACCAUUUACAUGGUUUUGGCAGCAGGCUUGAUGCAACAGAUAUGACUUAUUAAGUCUAAGUGGACAUCACAGUUGAUAUUCUCUGGAAGCUAUUAAUCUUAUGCUAACAAUGGCAUUUAUAAAAAACGUAACGUGAGGAAAAUUUGUGAAAAUGAGCUGAGAAUGCUUCACAAAAAUACUUUUCAUGUAGCUAGUAUGCCUUCAUGUGGUUCAGUUUAAUAUUCUGUGUGAACUGAGCAUUCCCACAGGUGGAGACAAAUGCAGCAAGCCAUUACCUGCACCUGUUGAAGAUAGAUUGCAUUUAGAUCCAAUUUUUUUCCAUAACCACUUGAUGGGAGUGUGAAGCAUUUUUCUUUUAUAGAGACAUGCACUUACAGACGGGUACCACUGAUAUAUUACAUUUGUUAACUUUCAUUAACCCAUCUGUUUUGUUAACAGACUAACAGGAAAUCUAACUUGCUGCAGCUGUGUUGACAUUUAAGUUACAUGACAUGGCACAAAACUGUGAUAAAAUAAUAGCCAUUAGUAUAUAUAACACUUGUUUUUUUUUUUUUUUUUUUUUUUUUUUUCAGAGGGUGUCAGCUUUAUCUUGCCCUUUAAUAACCGUGGUAUUAUUUGGUAAUGACAUAAUUCGCACAUUGGAUGUUAUUUUUGUAAUUAUUGAGUAUGUAUUUUUUAACUUUAUUUUCUUCUUCAUCUGCCGCUGAGAAAAUUUAGCACCUUUUGUACUUCAUUGUUAUAGCUACCAUGUCUGAGCUUUCCUGUCUGCCAUCAGAAGACUAUCUUUUGUUAAUGUUAUUACUUUAUUACAAAUCUAAUAGUGAUGACUGUGGUAAGGAUACCUGAGAGGCAUGAUAUAUAACCAUAAACAUAUCUUCUGUUUACCAGUUUAGUUCUUGGAAUUCACAUUUAAUCCCUGUGUCCUGUGCUCCAGCGAUGAAUUGGAUGUGUCAGCUAUGCUCUUCAUAUCUCGGUUGAUGAGUGCCUUUUUGCUGUGCAUGAACCUUGCCACUGGACUUGGCAGUGCCUAAUGCUUUGUAUACUUGUGCUUAAUCAGUUCUCCAUACAGUUGAAUAUGUUGUGGAUAUGAAGGGAAGGAUGCUAAAGCACUCCUUUACUGCUGUCUCAGCUAAUGGCAGAAUGGAGUAAGGAGUAUUGCAAAUGGAAGUGUCCGCUUUUCACAGGCAGACUGAGUUACCUUCCCUGUAUUUUUAUGAACAUUCUGUCACUUUGUCCCGUCCAGUGGCUAUGUCCCUUUGCCUGUAGAGGUAAAGGAGAAAACAGAUGCAGAGGUCUUAUAAUUAGAAUGGGGACAGAUAUAAAACAUGCUGUAUAACAAAAAAUAAAUAAAUAAAUUGAGGGCCUUCUAUUCUGCACUGAUUUUCCAUUUGAAUGCUGUUAUACCUCUUUUCCUGUUUAUUGGCUAUGUCAGUGGACCUAACCAAAGGGCCAUUUAUCCUCACUCUAGGCAGGCAGGAUUUUACAGAUACUUGGACAAUUAAAUUAAAAAAAAAUGAGAGAACAAAUUUUGCAGUGAUAUAUUGAGCGGGAGUGCAAAGUAAAAAAUUGAAUAUGACAUUACGACGUGAGGGACUUUUUAACACUGAAACGAAGUACAAAGAUACAAAUGUGCAAAAGUUUAUUUGCACUGCUUAAAACUGUGUGAUCACACAAACAUUUUAUAACAUCUAAACUGAGAUUUUGCAUCCUCACAUUACUUUGGAAGAUAUAAAAUAUUUAUCCAUUAUCAUAAGACCACAGUUUCUAUUACUUGUUUUUCUGAUGUUUAAUCUGAAGAGUUCAUAAAAGUUUAGGACUUUUCAGCUGUGACUAAGUGAGUUUUUACCAGCCCCCUUUUAUUAUGGUGACUUGAACUUUUAUUGCACUGUUUGGUAUGCUAUAUGCAUGAAAAUUAAUGGCUCUUAAAA